AUGCAAAAAUUUUCAUAUAUAAAAAAUUUUUCUAUACUUUUUUAUAUUAUUAUUAUUAGUAUUUAUUUUAAAAAUGUUUCUUGUCAAAAGUUAGAAAAUAUAUUUAAUAAUAAUUUAUCAAAAACAAAUAAACCUAAUAUAAUAUUAUUAAUUACUGAUGAUCAGGAUAAAGAAUUAGGUUCAAUGGAUUUUAUGCCAAAAACAUUAAAAAUAUUUAGUAGUAAAGGGGUAGAAUUUUUACAUGGAUUAGUUUCAACACCUAUUUGUUGUCCAUCACGUUCCUCAAUCUUAACUGGUAAAUAUGUUCAUAAUCAUAAUGUUAUGACAAACAACCAAAAUUGUUCUAGUAUUGAAUGGAGAAAUAUUCAUGAAAAAAAAACAUUUAUAAAUUUAUUAAAACAAUAUGGAGGAUAUAAAACAAGUUAUUUUGGUAAAUAUCUUAAUGAAUAUGAUGGUAGUUAUAUUCCUGAAGGUAUUGAUCAUUUUGUUGGAUUAGUUAAAAAUAGUCGAUUUUAUAAUUAUACACUUAAUGUAAAUGGUAAAAAAAUUAAACAUGGUGAUAAUUAUAAUAAAGAUUAUCUUACCGAUAAAAUAAUAAAUGAAACAAUAAAUUUUAUUGAUAAUCAUAUAAAUAAUGAAAUGAAUGUACCUUUUUUGUCUGUAUUAGCAUUUCCAGCACCACAUGGACCUGAAGAUUCAGCACCCCAGUACUCAUCAAUGUUUGAAGGUAUCUUAUCACAUAGAACAUCUUCAUGGAAUUAUGCCCCAAAUCCUGAUAAACAAUGGAUACUCCAAAGAACAGGAAAAAUGGAACCAAUUCAUGUUGUAUUUACAGAUUUGUUACAUCGAAGAAGACUUCAAACAUUACAAAGUGUAGAUGAUGGUGUUGAAAAGUUAAUACAAAAAUUACGAGAAUUAGAUCAACUUCAUAAUACAUUUAUUAUAUAUACAAGUGAUCAUGGUUAUCAUCUUGGACAAUUUGGUUUAGUUAAAGGAAAAAAUAUGCCAUUUGAAUUUGAUAUAAAAGUUCCAUUUUAUGUUCGUGGACCAGGAAUUAGUAGAAAUAUAAAAAUUAAUAAUAUUGUUAGUAAUAUUGAUAUUGCUCCAACAAUACUAAAUAUUGCUGGAAUAGAAGUAGACAAAGAAAUGGAUGGUACAAGUUUUUUACCAUUAAUCUUAAAAAAUAAUGUCAAAAAAAAAGUUAAUAAUAUGGAAAAUAAAAAUAUGGGUUUUAAAAGUAAUGUUGAAAUAGAUAAUUGGAGGCAUACAUUACUCAUAGAAAGAGGUAAAAUGCCAAAAUUAAAAAAAAUAAAAGAAAGAUUUUUAAAACAAAAAGAAGUUUUUAAUAAUAAGGCUAUUUUUGAUGAAGCUUGUAAUUUUGAAGAAUAUCAUAAUUCAUGUUUACUUGGACAAAAAUGGAAAUGUAUUAAAGAUAAAAAUACAAAUAAAUGGACAAUAAUUAAGUGUAAAGAUUUUAUUGAAAUAGAUAAUGAUUGCACCUGUGACAGUAAGAAAAAAAAAGAUAAUUAUAAUUUAAGAAAUAAAAGAUAUAUUGAUAAAAAUAUUAUUCUAGGAAUGAAUUCGUACAUUUUAGAGAUUCUCUCUAAUUGGAGAUUAGAAUUUAUCAAAGAACAUUUUUUAAAUAAAGAUUUAUGGUACCAGGGGAUUAUUGAAAUAAAAAAGAAAAGAAAUAUUAUACAUUCCAAAGAAAAUAAUGUAUCAUUUACUGAUAUUGAGAUUAAUAAAGAAUCUAUUCCGGCUUUAGCAAUAGAUGUUUUAUGUUUAACUGUAAAUUCUAUUUACUGUGAAUCUGAACUUAAUACUAAAAUUAAAAAAUUAAAAAGAAAACUUUUAAAAGUCCGUGAAACUAAAAAAAAAUGGAAAAAUAUGAUAAAUUGCAAUUGCUCAUCUAUCUCUCAAAAUUUAAAUAAUAGCAAAAGAAUGGAAGUUUAUUUAAUUGAUAAUGACUAUCCAACUAUUUUACCAGAUAUCUAUUUAACAAAAAAUUAUUUUAAAAACAGAAACUUUUCAUUAUCAUUAAGUUCAUUUAAUUCUAUAUAUAAAAAUUCAUCAUAUGGUAAAAUAAAAAAAGGGCAAUUUAAUUCUUGUAAUGUCCCUCAAAUGAAUUGCUUUACACAUGAUAGUAGUCAUUGGAAAACAGAACCAUUCUGGCCUGAAAAUUAUGGAAAAUUUUGUUUUUGCCAAAAUACAAAUAAUAAUACUUAUUGGUGUUUAAGAACAUACAAUGAGACACAUAACUUUCUUUAUUGUGAAUUUAUUACUGGUUUUAUAAGUUACUAUGAUAUUAAUAAAGAUCCAAGUCAGUUAUCAAAUACUGUCUAUUCACUUGAUAUAAAUAUACUAGAACAAUUAUCAACACAAUUACAAUUAUUAAAAACUUGUAAAGGAGCCUAUCAAUGCCAACAUUAUUCCUCAAAAUAUUGGUUUUUACCUUUAAAUGUUACAGAAAAAAUGAAUAUAAAGGAUUCAUAG